AUGAAUAAAGUGGCGGGGAGCAACUCGGGAGCAGAGGGGGAAGGAAAACACGGAAGCGAUGGCGGCGACCGAAGCGACCACAGCAGUGGGGACGAGCAUAAUGCGAAAAGCGAACAGUCUGGGGAAAACGUCACAAGUGAGAAGGCUCAGCAGAAUGACUCGGAAAAGCAAUCCGAAGAAGGCACCCCAAAUGAUGCCCCAAAUGAUGCCCCAAACGAUGUAGACAACGCGCACGGAAAAGAAGAACCAAAGCUGAGUCGCGCGGAAAGUAACACCAUCGACAAAAGCGGAGAAGAACAAAAUGAGCAAGGGAGCAACUUAUCCACGACCUCCCUAGACGAGGAAAAUAAAAAAAAAGAAAAAAACAUUAUUGCAAGUACGCGCGAUGAUUAUCCCGUUGAUGAGAAACCACCACGCAUUGUGCGGGGAGAAAGCCAAAAAUAUGGAGGAAAAAAAAUAAAACCCAAAAGUUUUAAACCAAACGAUACAUAUAAUGACGCAAAGAAGGGAGAAAUCAACUCGAGCAGAAACAAAAAAAUAACGAAAGAAAAUUUAAAAGUAGAUAUGCGGGACUUCUUUUUUACCUCACAGGAGAAGGAUGUGUACGAAUAUAUUCCAGAUACGUCCAACUACACCAUAUGUCACAAUGAAGCAAAUGAAUUGUAUAAAGAUGUAGUCACCAUGAAUAAGCAUUUUUUGGACGAAAUAAAUGUUAACAUAUAUUCGUCCCCUCUGGAUACCUACUUAUCGAGCAUGCUAGCCUCCGUAAAGGAAGACUCAAAACAGAGGGAAGUAAAUCCUCUCUUUCGGACGAGCUCAAAAAGCGAAAAUAACAAUAACAAUGACAAUUUAUCAGAUGAAAAAAAAAGAAAAAAGCAGAGCGACAUCCUGGAUGAAAGUCCCAUGAACAAACCACUAUAUUCAUACGAGUUUUACAAAAAUAAAAUUUUUAAGCAUUAUCAUAAUAACGGUUUAGUCAUCGAAGUAGAUCCUGCUAAAUUAAAAUAUAACAACUCUACGCAGUAUGAAUAUGAUCAGAAUGUGUCGACUAAUUUAGACGACCCUCUGUCUUAUUUGCAAAAAUUAAAGUGUGAAGUGGAAGACAUAACUGCCUACAUUCACGAUUUAGCCAAUAGGAAAAAAGAAUCAUACGACCCUGAUAAUCCAUACGACAAAUUAAACGAAGACGUAACAGAGCAUGAACAAAUUGUUAAGAAAAUUAUGCAUAACCGUGAGGCACCCGAAAUACUGCUGGAACUUUUUUCGCUAAAAAAGGACAUCGACGAUAUGAUAAAUGAUGACAAUUUGAGAACACUACUGAAGUCGGAAAAGGUGGAGAAAAUGGCACCCCAACAGGGGGGUACUACUCCUCCUGAUGGUUGUAACAAAGAAGUGGUGAGAGAUAUCCUCGACCGGUUACAAAAUUGGGAUGAUGUUUUCCCGAAAAAAGGAGAAUCAGCCGAUAAAAAGGACAUACGUGGGGAUUCCUUUCCAAAGCAAGUAAACAUUUACACACUACAAAAUGGGAAAGAAAAGGAAAUUCAAACUGCCCACCUACUAACGCUGGAAAGAAAAAUUGCAGAUAUUGAAAAGGCCUUGGGGGUAGAUAAAAUGGCCAUGCUUCCAUAUGAUGAUCUGAACCAUGCCAUCCUGGAUUUAUACAAUAAACUAAGCCUGCUAGAUUCCAGCAAAUUAGAGAGUGUGAAAAAAAAAAUGCAAAACCUCCAAUCUGAAUUUUUGAACUUAAAAAAAUUCAAAAAAGAUCUUUUAAAUAUUUCCAAAGAUCGAGGAAAUUACGAAGAAUCCAUUGAUGAGCUUUUUAAAAUUUUAGACCUCUGGAAAAAGACUCACCAUAUUAUUCCAAACGUGUUGGCAAGGCUUCACCAACUGAAACGGGUGCAUGACAACGCGCAGUCCUUCUCUUCCAGGCUCGACGAUUUGGAAAAGCAGCAAAGCAAGCUAGACGACACAAUCAGCCUCGCCGAGCGAAACAUUAAACUGAUCAAUUCCAAGAUUGACCAAAAUGUACAUUUCCUGCAAGACACGUUAAGGAAGAUGGAAUCAGAGGGGGUUCCCUUAUCGAAUAACGAGUAA